AACCACUUCCAUUCUCCAAACAACUUCCCUUUCCGCAACAACUUCCUGUCGCAAACCACUUUACGAUCGCCUCGUAUAUGGACAGGUGACAAUGUCGAAACAAUACCUAACCCUCCACACGGUGGACCAAGCCCACCCAACAGAAAUCUUCUCCCUAGCCCCCACCUCCAACACCCUCAUCUCCGCCUCCGGCUCCUCCCACCUGCUCAUCCACAGCACCACCACCUCGCCCACCUUCCCUCUCACGCAAACCCUCUCCAACGCCCACCGUCUCGGCUGCCACCACGUCACCACCGCCCGCAGCAGCGGCCCCGGCAACACCUUCGUGUCCGUCGGUUUCGGCGGCGAGACCAAAGUGUGGCACCGCAACCCCGAAUCCGAUCAGUGGUCGCUCUACUGGACACUCCCGACACCCGAAAACAAAAAGGAGAAGGGCGAUGUCUGGGCUGUGGCGCUUAGUGCGGACGAGGGCUAUCUAGCUGCUACGACGAGCGAUGGACGGAUUCAUGUGUGGGAUUUGGUGGGCAAGGAGAAGAUACAGAGUUAUGAGACGGGGGCCAGUGCAGGAGGUGGUGGUGGCGGUGGUGGUGGGCAGGAGAGUGUAGGGACGGGAAGUUUUGCUAUGGCGGUGGAUUUGUCGAGGGAUGGAAAGUUUACGGCUAGUGGGCAUGAGAAUGGCGGGGUGUAUGUGUUUAAUAAUGAUGCGGGGAGGAUGGUUUAUUCGCUUUCUGGUAGGUUUCCUCCUGGGUGUGGACGUUGGCUUUGAGGGGGUUGUCUACGGGUAUUGUGGUAGUGGGAGAAAACGACUUGCUAACGGGUGACGAAAACAGGCCUCGCAAAACCAGUCCGCGC